AUGGCACUCAUCUCGGCGAAAACGAUCCUCACCUCGCUAUGUCUCUUUCACAUCACCCUGGGCUACUUCUUCUUCACUAGCCCGCGGUCUAUUGCCGAUCAGGCGCUGGUGUAUAUUCUGGGCGAAGCCAUGGGCAUGCCCCAAACCACCGCAUUCAACACGCCGACACCCACGACGUCGCUCCUGGCCCUCCUCCUCCUCAUCUUUGGCCUCUCGGACAUUCUGACGCUCUCCCUGCCCGAGGAGAUUUGGCUCGUGCACCACUGGGCCGCCCAGGCGCCGCUCCGGGUCCUGCUCUUCUCCCUCCUCACCGUCGUCACCUUCUUGACCACGCCGCGCGGCAGCCGCCUGGGCUCGGGGCGUCCAGUCCCUCUACAACGCGGCGCCUUCCAGGAUGGAGGCGGCUGGGACGGCUUGCGCAAUCGCGUCUUCUUCACCCUCGCGUUUGUCGAAAUGAUGAGCUGGUUCUGGGUCUGGGUCACGUUGCGUGAAGAGACGAGAAGUUUUGUGGUUAGAAAGAGAAGGAGAAGCUCGACUCACUCGAGGAACUAA